CCAAGAUUUUCACACCAUCCUUUCAAGUUUCAACAGCUAAAGGCUCGAGAAACUAGUCAUAAAAUGAAAAGCUUUCACUUCCUUGUGUUAUUGGCUUUUGCUUCGGCUCUCUCCUUUGCCUCUGCCUUUGACCCUAGCCCUCUCCAGGACUUCUGUGUUGCAAUCCCCGAACCCAAGAAUGCUGUGUUUGUUAACGGGAAGUUCUGCAAGAACCCAAAUCUUACCGUUGCCGAUGAUUUCUUUGCUUGGGGACUCAAUAUUCCAGGAGAUACAGAUCAAAAUCGAGUUAGAUCAAAUGUCAAUCUUGUGAAUGUUGAUAGAAUACCAGGACUUAAUACUCUUGGAAUUUCUCUUGCUCGGUUAGACUUUGCACCCAAUGGUGGCCUAAAUCCUCCCCACAUUCACCCUCGUGGCACAGAGAUCCUUGUAGUUGUUGAAGGCACCCUUUAUGUUGGCUUUGUCACAUCCAACCCUAAUCGCUUAAUCGCCAAAGUCUUAUACCCAGGAGAUGUAUUUGUAUUUCCAAUUGGUCUCAUUCACUUCCAGUUUAAUAUUGCAAAGACGAAUGCAGUUGCCUUUGCUGGUCUAAGCAGCCAAAACCCAGGUCUUAUCACCAUUGCGGAUGCUAUUUUUGGACCUGAUCCACCAAUUAAUCCUGAUGUUCUUGCUAAGGCCUUCCAAUUGGACAAGAAUGACGUUGAAAAACUUCAGAAACUAUUUGAAGAUUAAUUUGUAAAACAGCUAAAAGAAGUAUAGUUCAGUGCUGCUCAUUGCUAAGAAUGAAGUUUAGUUAGUUAUUUCUUACAAUGUCGUCAAUAAUUGAGCUAGCAUAUCAUAAUUAAAUUCCGAGAAAUAUUUUCUCGGUGUUCCUAUAUACUACAUCAAUAAAGAAAGAUUUUUCAGUGUUGAUUCA